UUUAUUUCAAAGUUUAAAAUAUGCCAAAGCAAGCAGAAUUUGAAAAUGAGAACGAAAAUGACAACGAUUCAGACUUUGUGCAGAAAGGAAUCGAAGCACUAAGUGUAGUUGAGUCUGUGAUAAAUGAGAUCCUUGCCAAAGGAGGCGACAUGCUUUAUGAGCAUUAUUUGGACGGGAAAAUGGAUAACCAUCAGAUCGAUGCGGUCAACUCAAUGCUAUUCCAGUCUCUUAAAAUCGACCAAGUCAAACAUGACAUCAAAAUUCCGAGCUCUACUUAUGAGGAAUGGGCACAAUUUGCUGAAGAAGAACCAGUGGCUGCACCUUGAGAUCAUUGGGGUAAUGGAAGUGGAUAUAGACUUGAGCAAAAGGUAGUAGUCAUUGGUGUAAAACAGUCAAAAUCUCCAACUAAAAAAGCAAGAAGCCUGCUCUCGAUGAAUAAAAACAGGACUGGACCAAAGCCUUUGAGUAAGGCUUCAAGUGUAUAUUCUAAAAGCUUUACUAUGACUAAAAAUGGGAACUUUCGCAGUUCAAUUUUGAAAAAGCAGAAGAAAGCUCCAAAGCAAGUUGCUCUUCAAGACUCAGAGGAUGAUUUUAAACAUGAUUACGAUUAUGAAGAUCUGUGUGAUAAUUUCAGGUCCAGAAUCGAUAACCAAACUAAGCGCAAAGUCCUGAAUGAAAAGAUAGCUGAAGAAAAGAAGCUCAAAAAGCAUAUUGUUUUGGCUAAUGGUCGGAAACUAACUUCAGACCCAAAAUAAAUGAAAACUCACCUAUGAUUAUAAUGGGAAGUUGAUAAUGUACCGGAAUGUAAAAGCUGAUAAUCUACAACCUCUGCUUAAAGAUGAAGGGGCUGAGUAUAAUUUACAUACAAAAUCAGACAAGAGAGAUCAGAGCAAAGAAAAUUUGAGGAAUAAGUCUCACUCUCAAACUAGAACAGCUAAAAGCGGUUCAAAUUCUGAAAAGUCUUUUGACAGCUUAGAAAUGGAUGAGUUUUACCAACCAUAUCCAGGAGGAGUCAGCGGGACAAACCAUUGCCAACCAAUUUCAUGUCUUAAGCCUCCUCUUGGAACAAUGGUCAAGCUUAAGCCAGGAGUCACCAUGAAGAAGGAAGAGAAAGAGGAAAAAGACCCCUCAAAAAGAAAGAAGAAUCGAUCAAGAUCGAGAAAGAAGAGGAUUACUCAGAAGAGAAACGAUGAAUAUAGCAGUAAUUUCUUAGCUCCAGGGAAAAGCAGUCAUGUGGUAACUUCUUCAGGCAGAAACUCCUCAGUGCGCUCUUCGAGAUCAGAUGUGAGCUCCUUUCAGAGGCCAGCCUCGAGGUUUACUAAUUUUACUCUAAAAGAGCCAAAUGAUGACAAAGAAGAGGAAGAUGAUGAAGAAGAGGACUUUGAACCUCUGAAAGAUAGAAUUUUUGUCAAUACAGAUGCUGUGAAUAAGACUUUGUAUAAUGCUGAUGAGAAGAAAUCCAGGAUCAGAAUACAUCUGAAGAAGAAUAAUUCGUCACUUUAUAGUACUAAACUGCGCAGAAAUAGGAAUAAUUACUCCAGGAGUGACAAUUAUGCUGGGAAUUACUCUCAAGACGUAAAGAGAGAUACUGACAGAGAUAUUGGGUUCAAAACUGAAAAUAAAUUCUUUCAUAAGAGGAAUAUUUCAAGGGGUCCAAAUUACCGCCAGGCUUCAAGAGAGAGAAAUUCAGUGCAUUCCUUUACAAGAAGUUUAAAUCAAAGUAGAGAUGAACCAAAUGUUAAAGUGUUCCAGAAGAAUACGAGCCUUGGGUUAGCUAGACAAAAUGCAAGUGCUGAAUCAUUGAAAGCUUCAUUGAGCAAAUUUGAUACUUUCAAUCACUCUGUUUUGCAAAAUGACCAUGAUUUAUCACACCAGAAGGGAAGCCAAGAGAGUAUUAAAAUGGCUUUCAGGCCAAUCAGAGAUACUAAUAUAAAGAAUUCAUACCACUCGAUCACGAAUUCAGAGUACAAAUCUAGCACUAAAAUCCAGUCAUCAAGCAAGCAUGCUUUAUUAGACGACGAGUACAAUGAAAGUCUUGGCUCUCCCAUCAUCCGAGGCAGCUAUCUGAAUAAGCUAAAGCCUUUCUCAAAGUUGCCUAGGGAGAAGCUAUCUAACAAGCUGAUGAAGAUGAAAUUAAAAAAUAUCCAAAAGAGACAAAUGCAAGGAUUUUAG